GUCUUUUUUCCGGAACAAGUGAGUGGAAGCAAGCCUAAGUAGCGGGUAGGCUGAGUGAAAUUGCUUCCAGUAAUCGUUGCGGUUCAGGUGUUCAACGGUUGCCACUAUUUUGAGUUGCUAAAGCAGCCAACAAGUCUCCGCCGCUUCCGAGGCCGUGCCAAGCAGACUGUUGUCAUAGUCUCUGCACCCACUGGCAGAAUGCAAGGCCAGGGCUUCCCCGACACUCACACGACCACCACAACGACCACAACUACUAGGUCUGCCUCAUGGCUGGUCUUUGACCCAUCGUAUCUGCGUACCUUGCCAGGCAUCUUGAAAGGAGCCCAAAUUAUUAUUAACCUGAUCGGGUUCAUCUGCUCUCAAUUGGACUACUACUUUCCAAGUACGUCCAACUGGUAUGGAUUUGUGUCAAUGACCGCAUUUUGGGUUACGCUGGUGCUCCUCUUCUUCUACAUUUUUCGCCUGAUUGAGAAGAUCAAGAUUGUUCCUUGGAUGCUUGCGGAGUUUGUGUACUGCGGUGUCUGGGCAGCUCUGUAUUUCACAGCUGCCAUAGCGGCAGCUGUCAAAGGCAGAUAUCAAGAAUGUCUGGCCGCUGCUGCCUUCUUUGGCUUUGUGGCCAUGUUCCUGUACGGUGCGGAUGCCUUCUUCAAAUACAAAGGCUGGAAGUCUGGAGAGCCUGCCCAGGGUGAGAGAUCGGUGCCCAGUGCAGGGCUUGGAGCUUCAAACACGGUGUCGCCUACCAGCCCCAACUACCCUGCCUACUAACCAUGCACGCUACUAAGGCAUGCACCCACCCCUCGGGCUAAGACCAGCUUGAGUGAAAAGUGGUGUGAAGAUGAACCUUGCGAGUCAUGCAUUCAGCACUAAAAUGGACGGCCGCCAGGGUGUCAGUGAUGGGAGGCAGCUGCUGCAAUGGGAAACUGAUCGGUGGAGAAGAGGAGUGGCACUUGUCAUACUUUCUUUUUAAUUUGGCUGUAUCACCUUUCUCUUUGUGUUAAUGGAUAUUUUGGUCUUUGUGAACAGGAGUGUGCUAGGAGGAGAGCUAAGUUAACAUUUUGUGGGCAACAUAUUGGGGAUAAAAAGCUGUAGCUUUCACUUUUAGUUAGUUUUCUCUCUCAUUUGCCUGUAUGUUUCAUGAUUAAGAAAGAGGUUCAGCCCGUGCAAAUGAGCAGAGAAGUUUUUAAGUUAUUGGCUGCUAAAGUGCUGGGAUGCAGUGCUGCUGCACACCUCUGUUUGUAAGCAAGUAGUACCAAAGUAUAUUUUUUAUUUGCCACCCCAGGGCAUUGUAGUUUUUUAUUUAAAGCCUUGCAUUCAGAAAGAACAGUUGCAUUCAGCAGAGAUGUUGAAGGCCCUGUUUUUAGUGCAGGUAGGCACUACCAUUUUUUGUGAUUGUGCACAAAUUAUCUUGUAUGCAUAUUUUUAGCAUAAAUGCAAGUAUAAAAUUUUAUUGGAGAUAGUUGAUCGGAUUGUUAUGUACAUAAAUGAUCUAUGAGAUGACUUUAAAUGUUAUGUGGCCCAGUUUGGAUUGUGUAGUAGGCAAAAGGAAUAUCGGAUGUGUCUGUGACUGUUAUGAAACACCUCUUGGGUUGUGUACUAAACAGCUGCAGUGUAAAAACAAAAGCAGCAAUUGCAUCAAGGCCUUUACAUCUGCAUGAUUAUUUUUAUUACUUUUAUUAGUUUGUUGCCAAUAUUGAUGCUUUACACCUUCUUAGUACUCGCUGUGUAUACGUAUUGCACACAUACUGGAGCUGAGGCUGCACAUUAGCAUCUUCAGAAGUUUACUUGCACUAAUGUUUGUUCAAUCCUAUAUUUAGCCCUGCAGUGAGCAUGGCCUUGACUUGUUAGUCCUUCACUGUGGCGCUCUCAUGUAGUACAAAAGCAUCAGCUCAAGUUUUGCCAUUGCACUGAUUGUCCUCCUUGUAGACUGUUCAUGUGGAAGGUAUGUGAACGCUUUGUCUGUAUGUUACAGUCACUUCCUUUUUCUUGUUUUUCUGGGGCUUAGGUGUUAUAAAAUUUGUGCAUAUCUUAUAUUGCAUCUUCCACAAAAACUGAACAAGCACCGAGUCAGUGAUGUGAUGCUUAUGUUCAAUGCCCUGUUCCUUUCAUAGAAAUUAUUUACACUGUGUACAUUUUUCUGUACCUGCAGUAUCAUUGUAGUGAUGCUUGUGUCUUUAAAGUGUUCCUGCCAUUCCGUAACCUUGGAUAAAAUGAAAAUGCAGUUUGUGCGUUCAUGUUCCAUGUAAUUUAAGGCCUGCCACUUGCAGGGUUUUCUGCAGCUUAGCACAAGUUGCAUGCCAUGAAUGAAUGGCCUCUGUACAUGGCACCACUGCAAAAUAUACUAUUUUAACUUGGUUUAUUGCUGUUUAACUUUAUUUUUAAGAAAUGGUUCUCCUGGUGAGCUACAGUAUAGUUCAAAAUUUAUUACCGUUCCACUUGCUUCAGUUAUGUUCAAGUUUCCCUGCUUGUCUGCAGACCUGCUGAGACCAAGAGAUUUAAUGGCAUGUGCAGGGUUAUUUUUUCAUCUUUUCUUUAAUACACCUUUGACUUAUUUAUUCUGGGCAAAGAAUUUUGUAUUAGAUAUGCUGACGUUUGAAGACUAAUGUAACUGCAAUUUCAAUGCUCGCCAGCCAUUGCAAUUUCUUUUUCCUCUCCAUUAAUUUUUUCUUCUGCUGUUGCAUCAUUUGAUAACACUUUUUGCCUAGUGUCCCCACUAGGCACCUGGCUGUGACUUAUCGCUAAGAAACUUUGAUGCAACAUUCUUGUAUCGUGCCAAGGUGUCUACAAAAUUCUUGCUCUUCCUGUUGUAUGAGGACACCUUGAGCAUGUUGAUUGUUGGUUGAAUUGUGCCAUAACGUAUAUAGCAGUUUGUAUCUUGGCUGUAAUGGAGGAGACAAUGAACAUAAAUGUGCCACAUGACUGGCAGUAGCAUGGAUGGUUAUUUUCGUAUGAAGUGGCACUUAAAAAUGCUUUAUUUAGAAUGCUGCCGUGCUGAAUCUCUCUGAACAACCCGCAUUCUCAUUUGCACUUGUUCCCAAACUGCACUGUCAUCCACCUUGUGUCGAUCUGUUGUAGUUGUGCCAGGCCUACAAGUAACGCACAUACCAAACUUGCUUUGUCUGUACUAGAUCAGAGCAUUUAUCAUUUAUUGUUGUGAAAAUGUGUAUGGAAGGCAACUGUGUAUACAUGCAGAGAUAUCUGGGCUGCUAGGGCGGUUGAAGGGAUGCCCACAUAUAAGUAGCUCCUUCAGGAAAUGGCGUCAUGUGUAAAACCACUGCCAAAUGGGUGGAAAUGUUUGUGUGUAUGUGUGCAUGUGUGGACACAGUGUUGGAGAAAGAAGCCACAUUACUUGGGGCCGUAACAUCGAAGACUUUGCAAGUCACCUGUUUCAUGUGCUGCUUAUUGUAGCUUUUAUCACCGGCAUGGUUAAGCUCAUGUUUGUUUCCCAUUUGUGACCUUUCCAGACGUGUUGCACAUGUUGCACUGUUGAAAUUGUCUUGGUUGACUUGUUUUACAACAUGUGCUUUGAGUACAUUAAAGAUCAGUGCUUAUACAAAGCA